AGUCUUUUAAAAUUCUCAGAAACCUUUCGAUCUCGCUCGCUCUCUCAGAUCUCUCUUCCUUCCUUGUUGCCUUUUCCCAUGGAUCCCGCGUCUUCCAGAACUCAUCAGCCCAACCGAAUCGUCCCUGGGGAAAGAUCCGUCAUGGCCGAUAAUGUCGUCGACCACCAGCAGGUUCCUCCCGUAGAUGAAAGGAUUGUUACUUCUUCUUCGUCUUCUUCAGAUCCCUACCCUUAUUACAACGUCCUUCAAAACCCUACCAAUCUCUAUCAUCCUUACGAUUGGGAUGUGGCAGCACAUUCCGGUUAUGCACAAGGCUUCAAUAGCUGGGAUGGAUAUCCACAGUACGCUGCUACUACCCCUGAAGGCAUGCAUGUGCCACAGGUUGUCUACGAUGGAAACUCUUCUUUCAUGUACCAACCUGGUUUUACUUACAACCCUUACCCACCGUCCAUGAUGUUGGAAGGGCAAGUCCCCUUCUCCCCAGCGUAUUACCCACAUUUUGGCGCUCAUUCACCUAUGCAUUUCGCUCAGCCGGAACUUGGUGGUGCUGACAAUUCCCGUUAUGACCCGGCAUCUGCUUAUAUGGUUCCUUUUGCGGGGUAUGGUGGCGGUGGCAGUUUAUCUGGUAAUCAAGGGGGUAACGCUUUAGCUUCAUCCUAUCCUCAGACGAUGGGUAUACUUGGGCCUUACGACCAUAAUGCUUCUCAGCUACCGAUGCAUGGGAGUGGGGUUGCUUCAAGUUCGUCUUUGGGAGGAUAUUAUCAUGUAGGAUCGUACCAGACUCCAAAUUCUGUUGCUUCAUAUUAUGGAGCUGAUAAUUCAGUCAGAUCAGCCCCUGACAUAGGUAAACGGCGAGAGUACAGUUCUGUACCCAGCACCAAUGAUCUGUAUGGCAAUCGAGGCCCAAGAGCAUCCAGCAGGGUAGAGACGAAGAACAGCUCCAGACUUUCCUCUUCAUCUGGUAGUCCAGCAAAUGAUUCAAGUACAGCUGGACCAAAUCCCAGUCUGUACAACAAUCCAGAAUUUGUGACGGAUUAUAAGAAUGCCAAAUUCUUUAUCGUCAAGUCAUUUAGUGAAGACAAUGUCCACAGAAGCAUCAAGUAUAAUGUCUGGGCCAGCACGCCGCAUGGCAACAAAAAACUUGAUACUGCUUAUAGAGAUGCUGAGAAGAUGGGUGGAAAAUGCCCAAUCUUUCUGUUCUUUUCGGUAAAUGCAAGUGGACAAUUCUGUGGAGUGUCGGAAAUGGUCGGACCUGUAGAUUUUGAAAGGGACGCUGGUUACUGGCAGCAAGACCGGUGGAGUGGGCAGUUCCCAGUGAAAUGGCAUAUUUUGAAAGAUGUACCGAAUAACCGGUUUUCUCAUAUUCUUUUACAAAACAAUGACAACAAGCCGGUAACGCACAGCCGAGACUCUCAGGAGGUGAAGCUGCGUCAGGGGAUUGAGAUGCUGAGAAUAUUCAAAGAAUACGAGGCACACACAUCUAUCCUGGAUGAUUUUAGCUACUAUGAUGAGAGAGAGAGGCAAAAGGUGGGAGAGGAUGGCGGGAGGAAAGAAGACGGGGGAGAAGAGACCUCCUCUUCUGUGGAACAGUUAUCAGAGCGUCUUCAAGCUGUCACAGUAGAAGAUGGAAAGGAAGGGGGAAAAGAAGACUUGAAGGAGAAGACUUGAUAUAACUGAUUGAUGCAGUAAUAGUAAGUAGAAGCAUUCUUUUUGGUAAACAAGUUGGAAGGGGUUCUCUGUUUCUCUUCUUUUUUUUUGGGUGGGGGCUAUAUACUGAAAUGUCCAAAAAAUUACAAAUCCAAUUCCUUGUAACUUUUGUAGCAUUAUGUUUUUUUUUUCUAUCA